AUGGUGCCGAGCGGCUCCACGGCGCAGGAAGCCAACGAGGAGGAAAAGCCCCGGAGAUGCUGCACGAGGAGGGGCUGCAAAUGCAGUUGGCGGGGAUCUGAGGGGGACAGAGCCAGCCUGGGCUGGGAAGGCGGCCGGAGACGGAACCAGAGCUCGGAGCUGGUGCCCCAUGAGCAGCUCCAUGAUGGGGAGAAGCCCCACACGAGCGUGGAGUGUGGGAAGAGCUUCAGGUGGAACUCCGAACUGAUCAAGCACCAGAGGAUCCACACUGGGGAACGGCCCUAUGAGUGUGGGGAGUGUGGGAAGAGCUUCAGCCGGAGCUCCAGCCUGAUCAGGCACCAGAGGAUCCACACUGGGGAGAGGCCGUACAAGUGCUCCGAGUGUGGGAUGUGCUUCAGCCGGAGCUCCAGCCUGAUCAGGCACCAGAGGACCCACACUGGGGAGAGGCCCUACGAGUGUUCGAAGUGUGGGAAGAGGUUUAAGACCAGCUCCCAUCUCCUCCGGCACUAUCAGAGUCACAGGGAGGAGAGGCCCUUCCAAUGCCUCGACUGCGGGAAGCGAUUCAAGCAGUACUCCGAUCUCACCAACCACCGGCGCAUCCACACUGGGGAGAGCCCCUACGAGUGUGAUAAAUGCAGGAAGAGGUUUCAGACCAGCUCCGUUCUCCUCCUGCACUAUCGGAUUCACACAGAGGAGAGGCCCUUCCGCUGUCCCGACUGUGGGAAGGGAUUCAAGCGCAACUCCCACCUCAUCACCCACCGGCGCAUCCACACUGGGGAGAGGCCCUACGAGUGUCCCCAGUGUGGGAAGAGCUUCUCCAGGAGCUCGGACUUGACCCGACACCAACGGAGGCACCGGUAAGGGAAGCCCUGUGAGUGCGGGCAGAGCUUCGUGCGCUGCUCCAGCUCCAUCCCCCACUGGAGGAGGCACUUUGGCCACAGCCCUGGUCACUCACAUUCCCUGUGAUCCAUGUUGGGAACACACCUGGCUGCUUCGCCUUUUGGUUUGGCCUUAAUUUUCCUCUGCUUCACCUUCAUCCUUUAAAAACACCCAAAACUGGAUUAAAUGAAGGAAAUUAAUUGAAUAUAUCUGAAGUUCCAUAAUUUCUCAGUUGUUUUAGAUGGAAUUUUGGAUUUGGGGACGCGUUCUGUGUCAAGUACUGCUGUUGCUAAGAGGAAGGAUGUUAAUGUCACCUUUCUUGUGUUGCUAAGAGCUGCUCCCCUGACCCAAACCCCAACUCCACCCUUGGGAUGCCCUAUAAAAACUGCCUUUGUCUUGUCUUUGGGGGGUAAGAAAUGGAUUCCCAAACGAUCAGCCCUUUUCCCACUGGAUUGCAAAGGAUCAGCCUCAUUCUCCACUGGAUUCCUAGAGGAUCAAGCUUUUCCCACUGGAUUCCAAGAGGGUUAGUCUUUUUCACUGGAUUCCCGGAGAAUUCUGACUCUGUCACUGUUGUUUUUUUGUUUGUACUACUGCAUUCGUAUUUUUAAUUUUUCCUAAUAAAGAACUGUUAU